AUGGACCUCCUCCUGGCGAAGGCUAUUUGCAUCUUCACCUUCCUGUGCGUGGCAACGUUCGGAUGCUCAAUCCCGUACCUGAUAGGUCUCCUUGGGAAAAAAAAAAAUGCAGAGCAUGAAGAUAAAAUAAAGGGCAUCCUAUCCAACCUAAACUGCUUUGGCUCUGGAUUCAUUUUCUCCAUUGUGAUGUUCCACCUCCUCCCCGAAACCAUCAUGAUCGUUUCUUCUCACAAACACAUUGUCUUAUUUAAUUCGUCCGACCCAGAAACUAAAACUUUGUUCAUUUUUUUUUUCGUUUUUCUUGGCUAUGCUAUGCAACUGGCCCUGGAGUAUACGGUGAACGAACACCAGUACCACCACGCAUGUGACAGCGAGCACUUCAAGAAGAAACAGAAUAUUGUGAAAUUCCUGCACGUGCUAACUCUGCAGUCGUUUUUUUUGACCAUAUCGUUGGCGGUGCACUCGUGCAUUGAGGACGACGUUAACUUUGUGUUCAUAAAUUCUUUUUGCAUUUUGUCACACAAAUGGAUCGCAGGGGUGACGGUCGCCCUCUCGCUGAAUCAGAACAACAUAAGCAAAAAUCUGAAGAUCAUCCUUCUGAUUAUUUUCAUUUUCUCCUCUCCUCUGGGGAUCAUCAUUGGCCACCUGAUAAAAUCUUCAG